AUGAGUAGGAAAUGCGUCGAGUUCCCAGCGGCGAACGGGAGUUUCCAACGAACGCGGGGAGAGGAUCAAACGAAAACAGAACCACCACCAAGCCACAACACUGAGGGCACUGGAGUCACGCGGGCGAUCGCGUUAUCACGGGGGGCGUGCGGAUCGAUGCCGCCACGGGGCGGUUGUGAUAAGCGCACUGCGGGAGAGCGCUACGCACGGUGCGCGCGGCGAGACGAGACUGAGCUCACAGACUAC